AUGGAUUGUAUUCGACAAGCUAUAUUAAGAAUAUACAAUAUGCAAUCAUCAUCAUGGAUGACAUCUAAUAAUUCAAAUAUUCCUACAAAUUCAUCUAAUUUGUGGUCCAAUAGAGGGUAUCGAAAACGUAAAGUAGAUACGAGUGAUUUUGAAGAAAAAUAUCAAAAUAAAAUAUUUCUAACUGAAGAAAUAUUAAUUAAAAAUAUGCAAACACUUUCAUUAGAUUUAUCUGAAAAUAAAAAUACGUCAAUCUCUUACAAUUCACAAGAUGAUGAAGAAGAGAAUAUUAAUCAAAAUGAAACAGAUAAGUUAUGUCGAAAAGAAACACGAUUUGAAAUACAUAAAUUAUUAAAAGAUAAUUUAAGAAAAAAUGAUUUACAAGAUAGUUUAAUUAAUAAACUUUAUGAUUUUGAAUGUAAAAAAUUGUCUAUGCAAAUUGUUCCUUAUAUGCCAAUUUACCCAGUGCAAUUCAAUAAUAAUAAUCCAAUGAUGGAUGAAAAAGAACAAGAACAAGAAAAUCAAAAUCAAAAUUCAUCUCCUAUUAUAGUUAAAGAAACAAAAAAAGAAGAUGAUGAUCUUUUAUUCAAGCGACCAUUUCCAUCAACACCUUAUACAGUCGAAGAACCACUUGAAAAUUCAACUAAACGAACUUCAAAAAUGAAAAGGAGUUAUUCUCAAUCUGUAAGAUAUAAUAGCAAUCUAUCAGUAAUUGAAUUAAAAAAUGAUACAGAUGAUUGUUCAUUUCAUACGACAGAAUCAGAUUAUUUUGUUGUUGAACCAAGUACACCUGUUGUGACUGACUCUUCAACCAAUUGUUCGAAGCCUACAUUACAAUCAAAUCAACCAGCCAUACAAAUAACUGAAUAUUUUGAUUUUUCAUCAAGAUUACCAAGUAAUAAUAAUAAUAAUUUUUCAAAACCAUUUGAGGAAAAUGAUAUUGAUAUGGAAUCUAAUGUUUUAUCAAAUGUUAAUGACAAAAUCGAUGAUGAUAUUUAA